UAUAUAGCUGGCUCAUCCGAUUCAAGUUACAAGCAGUUUUGUGCAUUGUGCGAGUGAUAUUUUUAAAGAAUACCAGAACACAGUUAACUAAUCAGAGAUCACCAACAUAAAUCUUGCACAAGUUUGUUAUGAAAAAAUACAGAUGAUCACUAAAUGGCUCUGCGUUUUUAUACAUCGUACGCAUGAGUGGAAGCGUUGUGGCGAAGGGUCUCACGCACGACCAACGAAAUCUCGGACCAAUAAUUCCUCGAUGGUGUAACAUAAUCGCGGCACUUUAAAAUUAAAUGGAAGCGCAUCUAGAGCAAUGAACGGAUUUAUGUGCAUAUGGAGAAUUUUUUCAAAUUUCUUUAGUUUUUACAAUUUUAUUGUCAUUCUUGAGUGAAGUGAGAUUUAAUUACCAUGGUCUUGAAAAGUGGAAAAUAAAAAUUUUAAUGUAUUCCUAUGGAAAGUAUUUAUGAAAUUUUCAGACCAGGAUUUGUGAUCUGCUAUAUUAUCUUUAGGAAUGGUUUUAGGGGGAGGAUCGCAAUCAUGUUCUCUGCAGAAAGAAAGGUUUCACCAGGUAUUGUUAACGAUUAACACAAAUUUCAAUUUUCUGCGAUCACUGGUUUUGAGAAAAAACUAUGUUCGUGUUGUGUUUAAGUGUGUUUCUUGUGACUGCGUUGGAAUACUGUUUAGGAUCUGGCUAUUUUGAGAUUCAAAUUACAACUAUUCAGAACCCAAGGGGUGAGGUAUUGAAUGGUACCUGUUGUGACGGGGUAAGAAAUCUCAACAACUCUUGUACUGAUGAGUGCGAUACUUUUUUUCGAGUUUGUUUAAAAGAAUAUCAGAGCCGGGUUACCUUUGACGGUUCUUGUACGUUUGGAAACAAAACUAGCCCGAUUCUCGGAGGAAAUACUUUCACUUAUCCCCUGGAUUACAACAGGACAAGACUUAAAUUACCCUUUGCUUUUGCUUGGACGAGAUCCUACACUCUGAUUCUAGAGGCCUGGGACCGGGAUACCAUGGCUUAUGGUGGUCAGUUAAUUGAGAGGGCUGCUCAUUCUGGAAUCAUCUUGCCUGGCCAGGACUGGCACACUAUUACCCACAAUGGCCCAACUGCCAGCCUUAUCUACAGGAUAAGAGUGGUAUGUGAUGUCCAUUACUACAACACAACCUGCACCAAGUUCUGUCGACCUCGAAACGAUCGUUUUGGACACUAUACCUGUGAUAGAAAUGGAGACAAGGUGUGCAUGCAGGGCUGGAUGGGAAACAACUGUGAAAAAGCCAUAUGCAAGACAGGAUGCAGCCACGGAUCAUGCGAUUCCCCGGGGGAGUGCAGGUGCUCCUAUGGAUGGCAAGGUGCUCUCUGUGAUCUAUGUAUCCCCUACCCUGGAUGUAAGCAUGGUUCCUGUAAUGGUUCCCCCUGGAGCUGUGUCUGUGACAUGAACUGGGGAGGGAUAUUGUGUGACAAAGAUUUAAAUUAUUGUGGACGUCACCAUCCCUGUCAGAAUGGAGGAAUUUGUAAGAACACCGCUCCGGACAGUUACCAGUGCACCUGCUCUGAGGGGUUCUUGGGAGUCAACUGUGAAAUUGCUGAACAUGCAUGUUCGACCCAGCCGUGUAAGAAUGGUGCCAGCUGUAUUGACACAACAGGAGGUUUUAUCUGUACCUGUGCCCCUGGCUGGACAGGUGCAUUCUGUGAAGACAAUGUCAGUGAGUGUGCUUCAAAUCCCUGUCUCCAUGGCGGCACAUGUGUCGAUGGUGUCAACAGUUACAGGUGCCUCUGUCCCCCGGGGUGGGGCGGUGCUCACUGUCAGCUUGACUCAGAUGAGUGCAGUGGUAGUCCCUGUGUAAACGCUCAUUCCUGCGAGGAUCUACAGGGUGGAUACAAAUGUCAUUGUCAGAUAGGAUGGACUGGCAAGAAAUGUGACCAAAACAUUAACGACUGCCAUCAUCAAUGUCAAAAUGGAGGGCACUGUGUGGACCUGGUGAAUUCGUACCACUGUGCGUGUCUCCCGGGUUACACGGGUCGUCACUGUGAGACAGAGAUCUGUGAGUGCUGUAGUUCACCUUGUCAGAAUGGGGCUACGUGUCAUGAACAGGUAGCCGGUUAUACCUGUGAAUGCCAGGUGGGAUAUACAGGAUUUAACUGCCAGAUUGAUGUAGAUCCAUGCCACCCCAAUCCAUGCAUGAAUGGUGCCAGUUGUUUCAAUGUCCAGGGAGAUUAUUAUUGUCACUGCUCAGACCAUUGGGAAGGGAGGCACUGUGAAAACACAAGGUCAACAUGUGUAUCCGGGUCAUGUCAAGUGAUAGACAGCUGUACUAUUGCCCUACAGUCUAACCAUACAGAGACGGGCGGAGUUCAGCUCAUCUCCUCAAACGUGUGCGGGAAGCACGGCAUGUGUAUCAGUAAGCCUGAUGGUGGGUUUACUUGUGCAUGUGACCUUGGCUUUACGGGGACUUACUGCCAAGAGAAUGUAAAUGAUUGUAAAGAGAACCCGUGCCUUAACGGGGGCACCUGUAUCGAUGGCAUCAACAACUACCAGUGUAUUUGUAAGGAGAGCUGGGAGGGAGUUCACUGUAAUAUCAAUAAGAAUGAAUGUUCACCCAAUCCUUGUCGUAAUGGGGGGUUUUGUAUUGACUUGGUGGCAGACUUUGUUUGUGAAUGCAUCAAUGGCUGGAAAGGGAAAACAUGCACACUCAGAGAUUCUCAGUGUGACAGAGACACAUGUAAGAAUGGGGGCACCUGCAGUGAUCUUGGAGAUACAUUCACCUGUAACUGUCCAAAGAAAUAUGAAGGCAGCACUUGUCAACUCUCAUCAGUCAAGGCGUGCGAUUCUUCUCCCUGUCACCAUGGUGGGACCUGUGUCAACAGUGGAGACAGUUUUACUUGUAUCUGUAAGGAUGGGUAUGAAGGACCACUGUGUGAAGCUGACAUCAACAAUUGUAACCCUUUUCCAUGUUACAAUGGUGGCCGUUGUAUUGAUGGGAUCAACUGGUAUAGAUGUGAAUGUGCUAAAGGAUUUGCUGGGCCUGACUGUCGAGUCAACAUCAAUGAGUGUGCCUCUUCUCCCUGCACUUUUGGCAGCACCUGUAUUGAUGGUAUAGGUGAUUACAAAUGCAUCUGCCCACCUGGUCGGACGGGUAAGAAGUGUGAGGAAGUUGUGGGACAGAUUCCCUCUCCCCUUUCAUGCGAGUUCAAUCGAAGAAUUUACUCAGAUCAAACCACAUGGGAACAUGAGUGCAACUCCUGUACUUGUUCUAAUGGCGAAAUCAAAUGCAGCAAGAUUUGGUGUGGACCAAAGAACUGUAUCUCCCAUCAAAAUACAACAGAACACUUAGAGGUCUGCAGUCCACAACAAUCCUGUGUGGUUCAAACUGAACAUAACUGUUUUGUUCCCCCUUGUCUUCCCUGGGGACAAUGCAAGGAUUUGGACAAAAUCACAGACCCUUUUUCUCACAGUAUUGAUACAAAAUGUGUACCAAAUGCAGCAGAACUCGGAAACAGCUGUGCCAAAAUCACACUAAUCUUUGAGCUUAUGAAAAUGCCAGUGGGCAUCACAGUGGAGUAUAUAUGUGACACUCUGCGUCAGUUCUCGGUCAUUCGAGAUUUGUCACAUGAUCAACAGAUAUACAUAUUAUGUGGGAUCCAGUCUGGUCAUCCAGACACUAUAGAAGUGCUUAUAUCUUCUGAGAGUUUGUCAGGAAAUACUGAUGAACUGGAUCCAGAAUUAAAAUCUGCAGUCCAUAAACUGACCAGUAUUAUCAGCCACAAGAAGUCCAAUAGCAGUGCUUUAUCUGCCGUCACAGAAGUCACUGUGGAAACUAUUAUAGUCAACUCUGCUGAAAAGUCAAAAGCAGGGCUGAUCAUUCCAGUGGUGUGUUCUGUGAUUGGACUUGUGGGACUUUUAGUAAUUAUUGUGUUAAUUGCAUGUCAUCUCCAUCGUAAGAAAAUGAUCGCCAGGAGGCGAGCAGAAGCACAAUAUGCAGAACAGAAAACAAACAAUGAAAACGAAGAAAAUCUUCGACGUUACAAAAACCCUCUGUUUGCUGGGACUGACAAAGGAGGAGGGACAAGCAAGGUUUCUGCAUCUGAAUUUCAUGAAAUGGAUUUAGAUAAAUGUGAAAAUAUAGAGAAAAGUCCCACAAGGCUACUCAGUGGGCGAUCCGAUUCGCCAAAUGAUUCCAAUGAUUGGAAUAAUUCUAGUCCUCCAUCAAAAAACAUUACAAAAGACAUAAACAUUGAGAUUUCACGAUCCAAAGCCAGAGUAAGGGCUGCAGAAAGAGAGCUCAUAGAAAUUUCACGGACUAUUGCUGCAGAUUUACGGUCAGAAAAUGAGGUCAUGGUGUGACCUUAUACCUAACGUGCAGAAGACAUAUUAAUGGAUCCAAAAUGUUUUUCAUGUAAUUCUCAAUCAUUUAUAUUUGUGAACAUUAGCAGUAGACGAUGGAUCUCAAUUUUUUUUCUCUCCUCUGUGCCAUGCCUAUAGCGUCAGUUGUCACCAACUCGUGACUUAUCUCAGUCAUUUCCUGAGAUUUAAAGACAUCUUUUAUUUAUUAAGUGCUUAUUCACUUGAUGUGACUUCUCAGUGUUGUUUGCAAAUUUUCCCCCCAUGCAGAGAAGCAAUGAUGUACAUUUAAUGCUCAUUUUGUUUGUCCGUCCCAUCAGAACAAAUGCACUUAAAGUUUUUUAAAUCUGAAAGAGCAGGAAGACAGAAAAAAUGGUUGAAUUGUCUUACCAGCUCCAUAUGCUUUCUUUAAUCACAUAGCUUAAAAUUAAGAAUAUUGAAGACCAUCAGUUUAGUAAACUAUUCAUAAGUAAAAUUUCUACUAGCUUUUUGUUUACCUUUUUUUUUUUUACAGAUAUAUAAAUUGAUAAUGAUUUAUUUAAAAAAAUAUGUACUGUAUAUCAAAUAUAUUUGAAAUUCUGCGAGUCCACAUUCUGCUUUUGGUUGAUCUUUUACACUUUUGUCCAUCAAACAUCAGUUGCUACAGGUCCUUGAUAUGGAAAGGGUAUUGAUAAAUUGCAGACAAAAAAUCUCUUGAAUCAUCCAUAAAUUACACAGAAAACAACUGGCAUGGCACAAUGUCAUAACUCAGGUAAAUAAUAAAAUUGUAUCAAAUUAUCCUGUUGAUAUUAUUAUCAAGUAAAUAUUCUCAGUUCUCUCCACUAAAACACAGUAUUUAUACAGAAAAAUCAGAGAUCUUUCUGCUGCAGAAAUAAAAAAAAGGCAGCAGACUUUGUACACUUCACCCCAUCAAUAUUUAUCCAUACAUCCAUUGAAGUACCUGCUAAGCAAAACACAGUCAUAGGGCAAACAUAUAUCUUCAUACUUUCUCCCAUGUUUUUUUUUCCUUGCCUCAAAACAAUCCAAUAUUUAUCAUUUGAUUUCAUAAAUAUCUAUUCUUUGUAAAUCAUGGUUUGCAUUUAUACAUAUAUUCUGGAGAAGAAAAAAACAGAGCCUCACUUCAUACUAUGAGUGAAAUGAGUAUACAGGAGUUGACGUGUGCUUUACGGCAGGUAUUUGGUUGGUUUGGUCCCUACACAGUAUAGCUUCAAAUUUCACAUGCAUUUUUUUAAAAUUACACAAUUUUAAAUCUUGCAGCAGUCUCUACAGUUACCAAUAAGAAAAUCUGAUAUGAUAUACCAUUCAUAUAUGAAACUGUUACCACAAUGACCAUACUCAUGUUUUUGUUUUAUAUACAGUGUACAUCUAAAGCUCAAAAAAUUUUAUUCAACAAAAUAGUGCUAUUUUUUUUCAGUUUUUGAAAAAAAAAUUAAUUUACACUGUGCACCAUAUAUGUAUGUUAUUUUUCUUAAGCUUUGACAGUAUUGCAUAAAUCCUUUUGAUUAUACUUCUACUGACCCUUCCAGGGUUUAAUGCAUGUAAAUAGGGGCUUUCCAGUUGUGUUUAAAAGACACAUCAAAUUUGUGCAAUUCUUUUUCUUUGUUGUUUGAUUACAUUGUGAUAAAUCUUUCCAUUCAUAUUUAGAUAGUAUCGUUGAUGUUAUGAAAACUGUCACAGGGAGAAGUGGCAUUUCUUUUAACUUGUAACAAUUAUGUAAAGAAAAUAAUAAUGAUAUGUCAGUUUUCAUGUGACAAUUUUCUUGUGUCAUUUCAGUUUGAAAAAAUGAAUAUUGUAUGUAAGCUGCAUGUAUGUGACAAAUAAUGUCAAAAUGUCAAAAACAGAAUAAAAAUGUGGUUUAAAACAAUACCUCAAAACUUUAA